UGAUCACGUGACCGGCUCACACAUUUAAGUCAUUCCACAGCUGACCAACGAGUAAAUAUAUCUCCACACUGAACAUGAGGCUGCUGAAGGAAACUCUGGGUUUCCUGCUACUCUGGGUCUGUCUGGACUCUGCACGCUCGAGGAGCUGCUCAUCGUUUUUCUGCCGAAAAUCUCAUCGUGUCAGCGGCCUGAAUGGAGUGGACCCCGGGUCACCUCUCUUUCUCACUCCUUACCUGGAGAAGGGUGCCAUAGAUGAAGCCAGGAAACUGAGUCUGGUAGGAGAUCUGCCUGGUGCCAACGUCAAAAGCUACGCCGGGUACCUCACUGUCAACAAAAAGUACAACAGCAACCUCUUCUUUUGGUUCUUCCCUGCACUCAUGCCGAGCCAAGAGAACGCUCCAGUCCUGCUCUGGCUGCAAGGUGGACCCGGUGGCACCUCCAUGUUCGGCCUGUUUGUGGAACAUGGACCAUAUGUGGUUUAUAAGAACUUGACUGUUGGUUUGAGGGACUAUGCAUGGACAACCAGAUAUUCAGUUUUGUACAUUGACAAUCCAGUUGGAACAGGUUUCAGCUUCACAAAUGAUGACAGAGGUUUUGCCCAGGAUCAGGAUGACGUUGGCAGAGAUCUGUACAGUGCUCUAACACAGUUCUUCCAGAUCUUUCCUGAGUAUCAGGCCAAUGAGUUCUAUGCAACUGGAGAGUCUUAUGCAGGGAAGUACGUUCCUGCCAUUUCUUACUACAUCCAUAAAAACAACCCCACUGCCAAGGUGAAAAUCAACUUUAAGGGGAUGGCGAUUGGUGAUGGGCUCUGUGAUCCAGAAAUGAUGCUUGGUGGUUACGGUGAGUUCCUGUACCAAACAGGCAUGAUAGAUGAACAGCAGAAGGAGUAUGUUAUAAAGCAGACAGACUACGGGGUUGAGCUCAUCCAGCAGCAGAAGUGGGUGGAGGCUUUCCAGGUUUUCGAUCGCUUGCUUAAUGGUGACGUGGAUCCAUAUCCUUCCUUCUUCCAAAAUGCUACAGGCUGCACUAACUACUUCAACUACAUGACAUGUCAGGAGCCUGAAGACCAGGAGUACUUCUCCCAGUUUGUGACUCUGCCAGCAGUGCGUCGUGCCAUCCACGUGGGGAACCUGACGUUUCAUGACGGCUCGGAGGUGGAGAAACACCUCGUGCAGGAUGUCAUGAAGAGCAUCAAACCGUGGCUCGGGGUGCUGAUGGACAACUACAGGGUGUUGAUCUACAGUGGACAGCUGGAUGUAAUUGUAGCUGCUCCUCUGACUGAGAGGUUCCUGCCAACCGUUAACUGGACCGGUGCUGCUGAGUACAAAACAGCCGCACGCUACCACUGGAAGGUUCAGCCCUCUGACACAGAGGUGGCAGGUUACGUCAGACAAGUCAAAGAGUUUUACCAGGUCGUCAUCCGGGGAGGGGGACACAUUCUGCCUUACGACCAACCCGCGAGGUCCUUUGACAUGAUUGACAGAUUCCUUUCAACGCAAGGCUGGAUAUGAAAUGUUCUAAAGUUGAAACGCAGCUGAUCAAACCACCUUCACCCUUAAAGAGCAUAUUCUUCAUAAGUGACUGAUUUGAAAGACUGUUGAUUGUCACAUCCAAUGUAAAUCAGUGCAUUUGCAGAUUUGGUUCACAUCUUUGCAGCUGAUUUGUUUUUUUUUGUUUGUUUUUUUUAGCAUUUUAGCAGAGGUGAUAUUUGGUUCAGGACUUUGGACUGUUCUCUAAUGCUCUGCAAAUAAGAUAACUUCUCUUCACCUGGAUUCAGACCUCUGAAUCGUUGCCUACAUUUAAGAAUUUGACUUAACACAGUAAAAAUCAAAUGAAAACUAAAUGGCAAUCUGAUUAUCAGGCCUGAUGUCUAUGAAAAUCAUUCUUGUUUAUUGUUGUUGGCGGCAUCGUGUGAGGGGAAAUAUAGCUUAUGUUGCAAUCAGUCAGUGCAGGCUUGAAGAUCAAAUGUAAAGAAAAAAAACCUUGAAACUGAAAAAAUGACUUGAAGUAAAAUGUUGUUUUUUUGU